AUGGCAGCAGCAUCCGGCUUUAUUCACUGCCAGAAAUGUGGCAAUGGUCUAGUCAACCUGGGCAUAAUGUGUCUGGCGACGCAGGUCAUGCAGCUCGUCUUCACAUUUUCCCAUGACGAUUGGGAUAUAGCUGGACGCGUGGUGGUGCAAGGUCUCGCAUUGAUUAUACUCCUUGUUAUUUGGUCCAUACACUUGGAUAAUUGGCAGGACAACCUGGAACACUGCUCGAUCCAUGCCAGAAACAAUUCCUUCAUCUUUGGGCUCGUCGCGGCCAACCUCUCCCUUGCCUACCUAGGGGUGACACAGCAGAGUGCGCCCACGUUGACGCAUGUCACCUGCGUUCUGUGGUCCGUUCAUGCGGGGCUGGUUCUAGUACCUGACUUUGCUUCUUAUUUCAGGAUACCAUCAACUUAA